AAUUUGUUGUGCGGCAUCAAAGUAAUGAAAUGUGAAGAAGAAGAAAAGGCUGACAAAAGAGAAGUCACUAAUGGAGCGAACAUUUUACUAAUAUAUUCAUAUUUUGACUUAAUAUCCUUUACAUGUAAAACAUUUCGCUACGUCGUGUAGUAAGACGAGAAAUGGACGCUGAUAGUGGUUAAAACUGCAGGAGCCAACAGUAACACGUCGUCAUGGCGUCAGAGGACGAGAUCAGCUUGCUGGUUAUUGUGGUGGACGUUAACCCAAUAUGGUGGGGGCAGCAAGCACAACGUGAGCCGCAGUUUACUCUGUCCAAAUGUAUGGACGCCGUCAUGGUGAUGGCCAACUCCCACGUGGCCAUGAGCAGGAGCAACAAGCUGGCCGUCAUCGCCAGUCACUGUCAAGACAGCCACUUCCUGUACCCCAGACGGAGUCACGGGAACGGCGACAACGGAGACGACGCGUCCUCCAGCGGCGACGGAAAAUACGAACUGCUCUCGGUGGCCAAUAACAUCAUGGCCGAGGAGAUCAGGAAUCUGAUGUCCAAAAUUGAAGUGAAGGGAAAUUCCACAGACACUUUGCUGGCGGGAUCCCUCGCCAAAGCUCUCUGCUACAUCAACAGAGUCUCAAAGGAACGUGAAGCUGGACAGGAUAUCAAGUCACGGAUUUUGGUGAUAAAGGCAGCAGACGACUGCUCCCAGCAGUACAUGCACUUCAUGAAUGUCAUCUUUGCUGCCCAGAAGCAGAACAUCCUGAUUGAUGCAUGCGUGCUGGAGUCGGAUUCUGGUCUCCUCCAGCAGGCUUGUGACAUAACCGGAGGCUUGUACCUGAAGAUUCCACAGAAGGUGGCCAUAGCUCAAUACCUGCUGUGGGUGUUCCUGCCUGACGCGGAGCAGCGCUCUCAGCUGAUGCUUCCGCCGCCGGCCCACGUGGAUUACAGGGCGGCGUGCUUCUGUCACCGCAACCUCAUCGAAAUCGGCUACGUCUGCUCCGUUUGCCUGUCAAUAUUCUGCAACUUUAGCCCCAUCUGUACCACCUGCGAGACUGCUUUCAAAAUCCAGCUCCCCCAGAUGGUUAAAGGCAAAAAGAAGAAACUCAAAGCAUCAUGACGACAUCAUUGACCGAAAAUAAGCAUUCACUAAAGUUACAGAAUGUUCAUUUUAAUUUUAACUUUAAAAAAUAUGUUGAGACAUUUAUUUUCACUAAUAAACACACAUUUCUUUA